GCCCCGCGCUUCUCGCCCCGUCCCUUUCAGCCUCGGGCGCUGGGGAGGCUCCGCAGACCUGCUGAUUGGGAACCGAUAUGGCUGCGACUCUGGGCAGCGGGGAGCGCUGGACCGAAGCUUACAUUGAUGCAGUUAGAAGAAACAAAUACCCAGAAGAUAGACCUCCUGAAAGUCAUGAUCCCUGUGGGUGCUGUAAUUGCAUGAAAGUGCAAAAGGAAAAGAAGUCUGAGCAUGAGUGGAAUCCAACCCGACAGGGUGAGGGAAGUGCCACUUACACUGAGGAACAGCUGCUCGGGGUACAAAGGAUCAAGAAAUGCAGAAAUUACUAUGAAAUUCUGGGAGUUUCUCGAAAUGCCAGUGAUGAAGAGCUUAAGAAAGCUUACCGAAAACUCGCCCUGAAAUUUCACCCUGACAAGAAUUGUGCCCCUGGAGCAACUGAUGCUUUCAAAGCAAUAGGAAAUGCUUUUGCAGUCCUGAGCAAUCCUGACAAGCGACUCCGCUAUGAUGAAUAUGGAGAUGAACAGGUGACUUUCACUGCCCCUCGAGGCAGACCUUAUAAUUAUUACAGGGACUUCGAAGCUGACAUCACUCCAGAAGAGCUAUUCAAUGUCUUCUUCGGAGGACAUUUUCCUACAGGAAACAUUCAUAUGUUUUCACACGUGACCGAUGAUAACCACUAUUACCGCCGGCGGCACCGACGUGAGCGGACGCAGACGCGGAAGGAAGAAGAAGCAGAAAAGCCUCAGACCACGUAUUCUGCAUUUAUUCAGUUACUUCCAGUUCUUGUGAUUGUGAUUAUAUCUGUCAUUACUCAGCUGCUAGCAGCUAAUCCCCCAUACAGUCUAUUCUAUAAAUCGACCUUGGGCUACACCAUCUCUAGAGAAACGCAGAACCUGCAGGUGCCUUACUUUGUGGAUAAAAACUUUGAGAAGGCCUACAGAGGAGCAUCUCUCCGUGACCUGGAGAAGACGAUAGAGAAGGAUUACAUUGAUUACGUCCAGACAAGCUGUUGGAAGGAGAAACAACAAAAGUCGGAAUUGACAAAUUUGGCAGGAUUAUACAGAGAUGAACGACUGAAACAGAAGGCAGAGUCGCUGAAACUUGAAAACUGUGAAAAACUUUCCAAACUUAUUGGCCUGCGCAGAGGUGGCUGAGAGGAUGCUAGUCCUACACAGGGUUGGGGUUUUGCUACUUGUUACUAUUUAUGUUCCUAAUUCCAUUUUAUAAUACAAAAUUAGGAAAUGACGAACAUUUUACAAGUUGCUAACUUUGGUGGGCAGAGCUGAAGGCACUUGAGCAUGGAGCCAGACUUGUCAUCACAGAAGCCUUCCUGGAGAUUGGCUCCAGGGGCCACGAACCGUUCAUCUGAAUUGAAUUAAAGGCCAAGCAUUUGAUGCAGCCCCCCUGCUCCUUGCCUACCCUGCCUCUAGGAUUGUAGUUCAGGCAUCCCAGGGCAGAUGCACAUUGUCUUCCUCCUUCCCUUCUUCAGUUAAGUCUCGAUACCCAGUCAUUCCUAGGCAUGGCCAAAGCAGCUUCAUAUUAGUUGUUUACAGUGUACACCAAGAAUGAUACCUCUCCCUUCCUGUGAGUCAUCGUGGCCCCUGGCAAUGAGCCCUUGGAACAGGUGCCUGCCCAACUUCGCAUUUUCUAAGGGAAAUGUGGAGAGAUGUAAACUAUUAUUACAGUCAGUAGUUUUCCAUUUGCCUGUCUCUGUUCAGAGUUACUGGCAUUAGCAAACUGCCUGAAUUGAGUUUCUUUUACUUCCUUAACCCUUUCUCUUGUAGAGGGUCCAGAAAGUAAAAGCCACUGGG